AUGGCUAGCAUGGCUAUUUGUCUGAUUGGUUACUUGGGUGAAAGUUCAAUUGGUUUUCAGUUUGCUCAACGCGUUUAUCACUGGAAUGCUGAAUAUUAUUCAUUCAUUUCAGCAUUCGUAAUUAUAAUUCCCGCAAUAGUGACAAUAAUCACACCUCCAAUUUUAAUGCACAAAUUUCAUUUAGAUGAUACUGCAAUAGGGAUAAUAGGAAGUCUUUCACUUGUUCUUUAUAUGUUUUUUCGUGGACUGAUUCUGAAUGAAGCUGGAUUCUUUAUCAGUAUUGCUUUUGGUAGCUUCAUGGGCUCAUUGCCCAUCUGUAAUCGAGCUGUGAUAGCCAGGAUCAUAAAAUACAAUGAAAUUGGCCAAAUAUAUGCACUUUUAUCUUCUAUCGAAUCGGCUGGGCCUUUAAUAUCAUCUAUGUUUUACUCGCAGGUGUUCAAUGCUACAAUUAAUGAUGCUCCUGGUGUUGUUUAUAUUGCUGCUGGAUUCGUUGUACUGUUUUGUUUUAUAAAUAUGAAUUGGCUUUUUUGUACAAGAAAGAGUUGGGAUUUAGUUUUAUUGGGUGAAAUGGCUCCUCCAGGCGUUCCAAUAACUGGAAAUGGCACUCAGGAAAUGACAACUGUAUCGGUUGUUAAUGACGAAAAUAUUGUAAGGGUCUGA